AGGGUGUGGAAACAGGUAAUAGCCGGUUUCCGGUGCGGUAAACAAGAAAAGACUUGUUGUGUUUUUUGGUCUGGUCGAUGUUAAUAAAUAGUAAAGCCAAAAAGGAAAAGACUUUGUGUCUCUGUUUUUGUAUUUGUGUGAGUCUUCAAUGACAGGGGAAGAAGAAAUGAGUAGUGUAACACUUGAUCUUCUUAAGAAGAAAAUGGAUGAUUUUGCUAAAGAAAGAGAUUGGGACAAAUUUCAUAGCCCAAGAAACCUUCUUUUGGCUCUGGUUGGAGAAAUUGGAGAAUUGUCCGAAAUAUUUCAAUGGAAAGGAGAAGUUCCAAAGGGUUUGCCAGAUUGGAAAGAAAAUGAGAAAUUACAUGUUGGUGAAGAACUUUCUGAUGUUUUGUUAUACCUUGUUAGGCUUUCUGAUAUUUGUGGAAUUGAUCUUGGUCAAGCUGCUCUUCGUAAAGUCCAACUCAAUGCCAUCAAGUACCCUGUUAACAAACUCAAUCAACAAGAACAAGUUGAUAAUUAAAUAGUCCAGCUCCGUACAAACAGGAGAUCUAGUUGGAUGUCUUCAUUGAUAAUAAUAGUUCUUUUGGUUUCUCAGUCAUUGAUAGAUUUUAAUUUUACUUCAUGUGAUAUUUGAUUUCAGUUACUUGAAAUGUGCACUUUUAAUCUA